GACUCCGAAGGGUUUGAUUCCAGGUAAGACAUCUCCUCUUACGACUCCCAUGUAGCCAGUUACUACGUGGUAUUUAAGCCACACCUCACUAACUUGACCAUAGACACCGACUACAACCAGGCUCAGUCGAUCCAGUAUCGUCGACUUUCCGCGAACCUUUACGAGACCAAGGAGGAUGGCAGAUACUACCAUAUUCAUGGCUCACUCGACGCCACUACUCAACUCCGCAUGAUUGGCCUUCCGCCGUUUAAUCCUCAAUUGACCGACUACAAGAAGUGUAUCGACACGAUCGAAGCCGCUGUGAAGAAGUUUACUGUCGCAGAACUGGAGGAUAUGAACAACAAGCACGGACAAGCUGGUGUAGAGGCCCUGAAGUGGGAAUCCUUCCUCAAGACCUCUCACGGAAACGCCACUUCAGCGUUGCCUCCUUUCACCGUUGAGGCCAUCAAGGUACCCCAAACGACGGCACCGGAGACACCACCACACACACCCACCGAGACGAACUUCCAGAGCCAUCUCUGGCCGAAGGUGCCCGCAAACGGCCCUCAGUACGCCCUGCGUGGCAUCAAAGUCAUCGAGAUGUGCCGUGUCAUAGCCGGUCCGACCAUUGGCCGCUCCCUUGCCGCACACGGCGCCCAAGUGCUCAAGGUUACCGGCCCCAAACUUCCCGAUGUUCCCUUCUUCCAAGUCGACGUCAACACCGGCAAGCACACAACCCAUCUCGACCUUCGCAACCCGAGCGAUCUCAAAACAUUCAAAAACCUACUCGCCGAAGCCGACGUUCUCAUCGACGGAUACCGGCCUGGCGCCCUCGCCAAGUUUGGGUGUGACCCGGCAUCGCUGGCCAAACUAGCCCAGCAGCGCGGCAACCGCGGCUUCGUCUACGUAGCCGAAGACUGCUUCGGCGGAACUGGUGUGCCCGGAGCCGAGUGGGCCGGCCGUCGCGGCUGGCAGCAGAUCGCCGACUGUGUCACCGGCGUCGCCUGGGCGCAGGGCCAGUUCAUGGGACUAGAAAACGAGCCCAGUGUGCCGCCCAUGCCCAUGUCGGACUACGGCACCGGCGCUCUGGGUUGCGUGGCCGCCAUGGCGGGCCUGUACCAGCGCGAGACCAAGGGCGGGUCGUGGAUGUGCCGGACCAGUCUCUGCCAGUACGACAUCUUCUUGCUCAAGCUGGGACUGCUUCCGCAGCAAGAGCAGGAACGGUUGAGAAAUAUCUUUACGGGUCCGUUCUUCAAGUUGCGCCACUAUGACUCUGUCGACAAGGUCAGUGGAGAGGCGCUCAAGGCUAUGCAGCGCGCGUACCCGCAUCUGCUUGGGCCGGAGUUGAUGCUGAAGGCGAAGAGCAUGGGGUUCAAUGGCAAGGAGAUUCGCUGGCCGAAGGAGGCGAUCGAGGUGGAUGGGCUGUUGAUUCAGCAUGAGCGUGCUUCAAGGCCGAAUGGGUUUGAUAGGCCUGGCUGGGAGGGCUGGGAGACUGAUUUGAUCAUGGAUGAUGAAGACGACGCCGUCCUCACCACCACUACUGUUACACCUGCGCCGAGAGAGGAACAGCAUCAUCAUCAGCAGGCCGGAAGUGGAAGUAUGAACUCUGCUCCGCAGCGUCGUAAUAGGAUUGCGACUGUGAACACUGUUCUCGCCACGGCCUAGGAGGAGCGUGUGAGGGGUGAUGCGAAGUCGACAAAAUAAAGCGCGAUUUUGAGAGAGGGGGGGUUAUUAAUGGCUUUGUCAAAAGACAUGAUGACGGGACAGAGGAUGGGGGAGGACCAAUUGUGUGCGUUCCAAAAACUCAUGGGCGGAUGAGCGUUGCUUUUCGUAGUUUAUGACAUGGCAAAACAUAUCUGCGGCCAUGGUCAGGUAAUCUGCGUUUUAACUUAGAAAGAGAUGUUAGUAGCUUGGUUCGGUGUUUUGGUGACUGCGCUGCAUAUGAGAUCGGAGGUGAAACUCGUUGAUGUUGUUCUUUUCUUUGAAAGACGGAUGAUGUUGCC